AUGAAGUUAUCAUCAAGUUUAUUAGUUUUAACCGCUUCCUCGGUGGUCUUUUCCGCUCCAGCUGCUCAUCAUAAUCACCACGAAAAACGUGCCAUGAUUACCGUUACUGAAUACGUCGACGAAAAUGGUGCCGUUGUCAUCCCAGUGGGUGAUAAAUAUGUUAAACAAACAUCUACUUUAGUUGCUGCAGUCCAAAAUGCUCAACCAACAACUCAAGCCGCCGCCGCUGUUCCAACCACCACUACUACUCCAGCUAAGGAAACCACUACCUUAGCUCAAGCUGCUGAGACCCAAGCUGCUUCCUCUUCUUCCACUUCUUCUACAUCUGGUUUCCAAGAUGGUACCAUUAAAUGUUCAGAUUUCCCAUCUGAUCAAGGUGCUGUCUCUAUCAAUUGGAUCGGUUUGAAUGGUUGGACUUCUAUCAUGAACAUGGACGGGCAAACUUCCACCACCUGUGAAGAUGGUAUGUACUGUUCCUACGCUUGUGCUCCAGGUAUGUCCAAGACUCAAUGGCCAGCUGACCAACCAGCUGAUGGUAAAUCUGUCGGUGGGUUAUACUGUAAGGACGGUUAUUUGUACCGUUCUAACACAGAUUAUUCCUCCCUAUGUGUUGCUGGUGUUGACACCGCUAUUGCAGUUAACCAAAUCUCUCAAUCUAUUGCUAUGUGUAGAACUGAUUACCCGGGUUCUGAAAACAUGGUUAUUCCGACUGUCGUCGAUGCUGGUUCUUCUCAACCAAUCUCUGUCGUCGAUGAAGAUACUUACUACACAUGGCAAGGUAAGAAGACUUCCACUCAAUAUUACGUCAAUAAUGCUGGUGUCUCAAUGGAAGAUGGUUGUGUCUGGGGUACUGAUGGUUCCGCUGUCGGUAACUGGGCUCCUGUCGUCUUAGGUGCUGGUUCCACUGGUGGUAUUUCUUACUUGUCUAUUAUCCCAAAUCCAAACAAUAAAACUCCUCCAAAUUAUAAUGUCAAGAUCGUUGCGAGUGAAGGUUCCACUGUUGUUGGUUCUUGUUCUUAUGAAAACGGUGUUUAUUCAGGUUCCGGUUCAGAUGGUUGUACCGUCUCCGUUACUUCCGGUACUGCCCAAUUCGUUUUCUAUUAG